AUGCAGCAACAAGCAGCUUUGAUACGAGGUCCUGAUUGUCACAACCAAUGUAGCACAGUGCCCGAAACAUCCUUUGCCUGUCCUAGCGUCCUCAAAUGGACGUUGCAAGCUGGACUCUGGCAAAUGUGGCCCAUUGGCACUUGGAAUGCUUUGCCUAGCUCACAGCGGCAGAACGGAGCCGCAGCCUCCGUGGCGUUCUUCCCUGCUCCAGUCUCCGCUUCAGCCGAGAUGCUCAAAGUCAACCCGGCUCAGGCGUGGCAGCUUUCAAGCCUGGCGGGCAGCACGCUGCUCAGCGUGGACAGCUUUUCGUAUCGAGGACCUCUCUCUGUCUCCGUGGGCCUGGCAGCAUGCCUGAGCCAGCGAACUUUCCAGGAGAGAUUAGAGAAAAAGCAGAAGCCGAGCAUCGGGCGCUUCAAUCUAUCCAACCUGUCUUCCUCGAAGUGGCAUGGGGUGAACUAUGGAAACAGGUUCAUUCCAGAAGACUGGAUGAAGCACCCUUACAACUUCUUCGACCAGAUCCGCAAGAGUGCACGCAGAGUGGCUUUGUGGGAUCUGCGAGGCCCAGAAGCGAAGCAGAAGAUGCUUCGAUGGCUCGAUGCCACGAUAUGCGAGACUCACUUUAAGGAGAUGCAGAGGUGUGGUGUUGAAGUGCUCCGUGUUCCAUGUGGCUACUGGAACUGGGUGACCUAUGAUGCUGACGAUGGGCCUGAGGUCCCUGACACGCACGCAAGCAUCCAGGAGCGCUUGAAGAACUUGCAUCGCAUUGCUUCGCCACGCGACUAUCGCAUCUACUUCGACAAGAUCUUUGAGUUCGCUGACAAGUAUGGGAUCAAGGUUUUGCUGGACCUUCACGCGCUCCCCGGGUCCCAGAACGGAGAGAUCCAUAGCGGUGUGUGCAUCGAGGAGAAGGAGGAACACCUGGGCUUCGUGCACAGCGAUGCGAACCUUCGAACCUCUGUUCGUGCAGUUCGGGCAAUGGCCGAAUUCGCAAGCAAGAAGCCGAAUCUCUUUGGCAUUCAGGUCAUCAGCGAGCCGCACUUGCACACGGAUGAGGGGCACGAGUUCCUUCGCUCCUACUAUCAGCAAGCCAUUUUGGCUGCUCGAGAAUUCCUGGACAGGACGGUUCCGGUGGUUUUGUUUGAGUGGACCUACGAGAUGCACCGCUGGGAGGCCGGGGCGUUCCCGGAAUCUACCUAUGGCAGAGUGAUCUGGGACACGCAUCUUUAUCACUUCCCCGAGUCCGGCCAGAAGUGGACAUCGAGGGACCAGGGCCUGGAGAAAGCCAAGGAAGCCUACGCCUGGGAUCUGCAGCAGCUCCGGCACUUUUCCCGCGCACAAGGCGAGACGGUCUUCGUGGGUGAGUUCUCCCUUGCAGGGCCAAGCUUGAACAUGAAGGAAACACGUGAGUUUGCCCAGUGGUUGGUCGAGCAGUUUGACUUUGCUUGUGCUGGCUCCUUGCUUUGGUCCUUCGAUAACUCCAUCACUGCUUGGAGCAUGCAGAGGCAGAUACAAGAGUGGGGUCUGGACUGGAAGUCUAUCCUUCGUGGCGAAGGUGGUCGUGCAGUCGAACAUCCACCAAUCAAGAUUGAAGCUGCCCCCUUCGGGACUUGGCUCACUGCGACGGAGAAGGGCGCUGUGCAGGCAGACGCCCCAGACCCCUCCUGGUGGGAAGAAUGGGUGCCAUAUUCCUAUCAGGUUAACGGAAAGUCGAAGCUUGCAUUACGUUCUGCUGCUCAUGGGACUUGGCUCAGCGUGACACAGGAGGGUGAGGUGAUCCAGUCCGAUUACCGCUCAGCUUGGGAAGAGUUCUCGGUCCUCUUUCGAGAGAAGACGGAAGACGGAAGGCAGUGCAUCUCGCUGCAAUCCUUCCAUGGCUCAUGGCUCGCAGUGCGACGUCCCCGGGCGACCGAUCGACUCCUGCUGUCUGCUCGGAUUGAUUCCGAGGCCACCGCCUGGCUUCUGGCAUAA